AAAUAACGUUGCUGCAAAUUGAGCAGCGAUUUCAACAUUUCAAAGCGUUUAUAUUUGGCCUGCAACAUUUGGCAUUCACCGCGGCUGCAGACGUUGUCCCAGGUAACACAAAAGGAUUUGCAGACGCCAAGUGCCCGGGAGUCAACAAACGCACACGUUCGCACACACACUCUCCACAUCACACACGCACACACAACAAACAACGGCGAACAGCGCAACGGAAACUGAAAUUGAUUGAAAGAACAACAAGAACAGAUACAGAUAUCCACCGCCAAAAGGAGGGAAAAGGAGGAAAAAGGAGACAGCCAACGUUUCGCCGUUUGAUGUGCCAAAGCUGCAACCAACUAAAUACACAUUGACGUAGCUGGGAGAGGCAAGUCAAACAGAAGGCGCCCUUUGGUGGAGGGCUGCCUCGGAGGCGCCACCACACACCACCGAUGUCGGCUUUAACGGAAAGCGGGUCGGCAAAGUCUGCCAAUCUAUCACAACAGAGCACUGGCGACUAUUCAGGUGGUUCCAUUAGCCAGGAUGAGCCGCGCAUCACCUGGAUCAAAACCAUCAUUGCCAAUCAGCUGGGCGUAUUCGAUCCCAAGCAUGUGAAUGCCCUCGUUGCCAAAAAUCGUCAAGCUGUUGAAGACUUUCUCAACAAACGUUAUGAGAGACAAGCUCAUCUCGAUCGCGUCAUCAUGUACGUGUGGCGCACAUUCUAUGAUAGGCUGGUCGAGGAGGAGAUCACCGUGCUGGAGGAAGUGCCUCGACCCUCGGCGCCGGACAAAAAGGAUAAGAAGAAGAAGGGCGCCAAAGGAGCUGCCAAGGGAAAGGGCCGCAAAAAGGGCGGCCAGGAUGCGGAGCCAGCCGCGGACACGGAACAGGCAGACAACGAGGCAGGCGAUGGACCCGCAGCGGAGACUGAUCUCGAGGCUGAGUUCGAGGGCGAGGAGGAGGCCACCGUUAUCAGCAGUGGCAAGAGCUCUGCACGCUCGAGACGUAAGUAG